AUGCGUUCUCAGUCGCGUCCCAGGGCGAGAUUAAUCAAUCCCAAGGACGUGUAUAUUGACAUCUUCCCCCCAGCCCUAUUUUUCCGGGACGAUCAUAAUCGGGAACGCGGCAAAUGUAGGCACUCCCAUCGCAUCAACUGGGUCUACGGGCCCCCAUUGCCAGGCGUGUUAGGAGUUACCGAUCUCAACAAGCUCCAGCUUCCAUUUACUGAGAGCACACCAACCAAGUCUCCAACUCAAGUGUUCCGUCACCCUUCAGUCAGAAUGGGCAACUUCAAGGCUACGCUUCUCAUCACUGCCUUCGCCGCAUCGGCCGGGGUUCAAGGCCGUGCCGCCGGCUGGAACCGCCGGCAGGUCGAGCCUUCUGAGUCGCUGCCGGGCAUCCCCGAGCCCACGCUUCCGCUGCCCCCGAUUCCGACUACCGACGUCCCUGACCCUGGCAACCCCGGCAACCCUGGACAGGCCCAGCUUUACGAACAGUGCGGCGGCAUCGAGCACGAUGGCCCGACCGAGUGUGCUGAGGGCACUUGCGUCGUGAUCAAUGAAUACUAUCACCAGUGUCUGCCCGACGAUGAGGGGCAACCCCCUCAGCAGCCGCCUGAGCAGCCUCCUCGGGAGCCCCCAGAGCAGCCUCAGCCUCCACAGGAAACUGAGGUUCCGUUCCCGCCUGAGUUCCCGCCUUCCGAAUUCCCUCCUGGGUUCCCCCAGCCCACGCAGGCUCCCGUCCCUCCUCAACUAGCCAUAGUUGGGAACAGGAGGUUGGAUGCGAUUGGACAUGGUGCAACUCAAUCUCUUCCUCUAGAUGUAGUGUUGAAGACUGCACACUCUGCCUCCCUAACCGGACGCAAUCUAUUGCCUUUGACAGACCGCAUGGUUACGCGACAGCUGGUACAGCAACGGGGUUAUCUGGACAUUUCCUGGGACAGUACUCCGGAGAUGCUUCUUCAGGACGACGAAUCGUGGCUGAGGGGUACUGCAAGAUGGGGACAACAGCAGAGACAGCACUAUGACGCAAUGAGCUAG